AUGUUGAAGUCCAAUGGAUCCUAUGGCUACACGCCGGUGGGCCGGACCGCAGCCCAGAAGGCGGUCAUGGAGAACCACAAGCAGUCCAUGUUCAUCCUGGGCAUCGGGCUGCUCUUAAUCCUCAUCGUGCUGACCCUCGCGUUCUGCUACACCUGGUACUCUACGAAGGUGCCAUUGUCCUGCACAGCCCCCUUGUCGCUGUACUUCUGGCUUGCUGGCAUCUCCAACUUCUUCUUGGCGGUUCUGCUGGUGAUCGGCAUGUACCUGAUGCAGGGGAUGAUGCUUGCCGUCAGCCACCACGCCGUGGCGCAAAUCAUGGAGGAGCAUGCCCAGACCUACUCCAUCGCCGGGGGCCAGCACUCGGUGUCCGCCGCCGCACACCGGUCAGAGUUCCAGGAGAGCGCGCUCCACUACGGGGGCGGCAUGACGGCGGUUCUGGUGCUCCAGUCCGUGGUGAUGCUCGCACAGAUCGGCUUAGGGAUCUAUGGUAUUGUACAAGUCCUACAAGUCCAGCGAGCAGACGACGGCUACUUGUGCGGUGAGUCCAUCAAUGUCUUUUGGACCUUGCUCGGACUGCACUUCAUUCAGAACACCUGUGUUGUGGGCAAGCUGAGCAAAGGCUUGCAACACCAUCCGCGAGGCAUCGACGAGGAUGUGCUCGACAGUGAUUAG